UCCUGAACAAUAUCAAAAUGUAUCUACAAGUAGCUUCUCCUUUGCCAAAAACUGGUUUUGGAUUAACUUUUGUUAAUCGUGAGACUUUCAACACAUCCAUAGCAAGAAGGACCACUCAUGAGCAACUGGUAUAUGUUUAAUUGCUGGUAGCAACACAUAAUUCCAUGCCAGCUGCCCUCUUGCUUCUGAUAGCAACUCUUUCCAGUCAAAUAAAAUAAAGAUUGACAGCCCUCAUAUUUUAAAUGAUGAAACGUGAUAUUUUGGUCAUGGGACAAAGAGAGCACAAUCAAAGUGAAGUCAACAGAAAUCGAGAAACUAACAAAACUAUGACUGAUCAUCCUUCUCAAGAACACAAUCAACAAAAACCAAAACUCCCACCUUUAGUAAGUAGCAUAAAAACUUCAGUCGAGAAAAAUGCAACUCCUUUCCAUUUUCCAGGUCACAAAAGAGGCAUAGCUGCACCACAUUCACUAGUCGAUAUUAUCGGUAUUGCGCCAUUUCUUCAUGAUGCAACUGAGCUACCAGAGCUUGAUACAUUUGGUUAUCCAACUGGACCUUUAUUAGAUUCACAAAAAAUGGCUGCUAACCUUUUUGGUGCAUCCCAAACAUGGUUCUUAGUUUGUGGCACAACUUGUGGGAUUUUAGCAGCCAUUAUGUCUGCUUGUUCACCUGGUGAUACCUUAAUCCUUGCAAGAAACUCCCAUGUUUCUGCCACUUCUGCAAUGGUUCUUUGUGGUGCUGUACCAAAGUACAUUGUUCCUGAACAUAAUCUUGAAUGGGAUAUUGCUGGAGGUGUUACCCCUUCACAGGUAAAAAUUGCAGUUGAAGAAUUGGAACAGGAAAACAAAAAAGCAGCAGCAGUUUUUGUUACAUCACCAACUUACAAUGGAGUAUGCAGUAAUAUUUCUGAGAUUUCUCAAAUGUGUCAUACUCAUGGGAUCCCUCUAAUUGUAGAUGAAGCUCAUGGUGCUCACUUCAAAUUUCAUCAUGAUAUGCCUAAAACUUCUCUUUCUCAAGGAGCAGAUCUUGUCAUACAAUCAACACACAAAGUUUUGUGCUCAUUUUCACAAUCAUCAAUGCUACACUUAUCGGGGGAUCGCAUUGAUAGAGAUAGAGUUCACAAAUGUCUUCAAUCUUUACAAACCACUAGUCCAAAUUGGAUUUUAUUAGCUUCGUUGGACGCAACUAGGGAUGAACUAAGUAAAAAUCCAAACACCCUUUUUGAUGAAGUAAUGGAACUAGUCCAACAAGUGAAAGAACUAAUAAACCAUAUUCCUGGAAUCUCCCUUUUAGAUCUCUCAAGUUUCUCCAACAAUUUUUCUUCCAUGGACCCUCUGAGAAUGACAAUUGGUGUACAAGAACUUGGCAUAUCAGGGUUUCAAGCAUAUGAUAUAUUGUCAACAAGUCAUGGAAUUCAGCCAGAACUUGUUGGAACUCAAUCUUUCACGCUAGCUUUUAGCCUUGGAAAUACUAAAGAACAUACUAAAACACUUGUUAAUGGAUUGAAGUAUUUAUCAACCCGUUUCAUGCAAGAAAAAAGGGAGAUUAUUAAAAUGAAGAGGAAAAAAGAUAAUGCUAUAGAGUUACCAUUUGGAGAAGUUUACAUGCGUUGUACACCAAGAGAAGCCUUUUUUACUAGGAAAAAGAUAGUGAAUUUUGAAGAGAGCAUUGGGGAAGUUUGUGGAGAAUUUAUUUGUCCUUUUCCACCAGGUAUCCCAGUGUUAAUCCCAGGUGAAAUCAUCACAAAGAAGGCUAUGGAUUAUCUAAUACAUGUUAGAGACCAAGGAGCUUUUCUUAAAGGGGCUGCUGAUCCUCUACUUAGUUCUGUGGUUGUUUGUGAUUUUUGAGAAAUAUUAUUUUUCAUGUCAAUAAAGGGAAAACAUAAAACACUCAGUAAGUUGACUAUCCAUGUUAUAUAUUUGCUUGUGACAAGCUGAUUGA